AUGGUUGAUGGGAAUAAAAAAUCUGGUGUUAUUUGUAGGCCAGAUGUUGUUACUUAUAGUACUAUAAUUAAUGGUCUUUGUAAGGCUGAAUUAAUUGAGAAGGCUAGAAAAUUGUUUUUGGAAAUGAAGGAUUCUGGAAUUAGUCCAAACACAGUCACUUAUAGCACUCUAAUUCAUGGUUUUUGUUGUGUGGGUGAUUGGGAGAAGGGUAGAAGUUUAUUUAUUGAAAUAAUAGAUGAAGGUGUGCAGCCUUCUGUGGUGACGUUUAAUGUGCUCAUAGAUGAACGUUGCAAGAAAGGGAAAUUGCAUGAAGCAAAUAGGUUGUUGGAACUUAUGAUUGAGAGAGGUGUGGUUCCUGAUGUUUAUACUUACAGCAUUUUAAUGAAUGGAUUGUGUAAAACAGGGAAGAUAAGUCCUGCCAUUAAGUUGCUUGAAGAAUUGGCCAAGGCAAAUGAAGGCUCUGGUGUUAUUUGUAGGCCAAAUGUUGUUACUUAUAAUACUGUAAUUGAUGGUCUUUGGAAGGUUGGAUUAGUUAAGAAGGCGAUAGACUUAUAUUUCGAAAUGAAGAGUUCGGGAACUUCUCCAGACGUACUCACUUAUAACAUUUUGAUCAAUAUGCUUUGUAAAAAUGGACAACUAGAAAAGGCAAAUGAGUUUUUGUCAUAUAUGGAGGAAAAAGGUUGUGCUCCAAAUGUAAUCAUGUUUAAUACCCUAAUGUUCGGUUUCCUAAAGAAUAAUGAGAUACCAAAAGUUGUUGAACUGCUUCAUACAAUGAUGGAGAGAAAUGUGAAGCCAACUGAAUAUGAGCCUGCAAUGGCAUUGGCACCAAGACUAGCUCCAAUUUCUUCUACAUUCCAAGACCAAGAUUCUGCUGCCUCAGUACAACCUACUACACCUCCUUUAACCAUGAUUCCUCUCCUCCCAGAUAAUUCUGUGGAAUCUCAUUACAGCAUCUUUGCCAACUUCUCCACCAGAUAUUUCCAGCCACAGCCAUCUGUUCAAGCUUCUGCCAGAAGCCUUGCUAGCUCUGUACCUUCAACCUAUCUAAAGAGUGAGGUGAUACAAGGAUCUUCUUUGCAAAACAUGAGAAUAUGCUUGAUGAUUCUCUUGAGGCUCUACCAGGGUGUUCACAGCGGCCAACAACCGAAUGUUGUUACUUAUAACACUAUAAUUGAUGGUCUUUGUAAGGAUGGAUUAAUUGAGAAGGCUAGACAAUUACUUUUGGAAAUGAAGGGUUUAGGAAUUAGUCCAAAUGCAGUCACUUAUACCACUUUAAUUCAUGGUUUGUGUUGUGUGGGUGAUUGGGAGAAGGGUAAAAGUUUAUUUAUUGUGAUGAUGAAUCAAGGUGUGCAGCCUUUCGUGAUGACGUUUAAUGUGGUCAUAAAUGAACUUUGCCAGAGAGGGAAAUUAGACGAAGCAAAUAGGUUGUUGGAACUAAUGAUUCAAAGAGGUACGGAUCCUUGCAUUUAUACUUACAAUAUUUUAAUAAAUGGUUAUUGCUUGGCAGAAAGAAUUGGUGAUGCAAGGGAGUUGUUUGCUUCUAUCAGUAGAAAGGGAUAUACACCUCAUGUUGUUUGCUUCAAUACUUUAAUCAAUUGGUAUUGCAAGAACAAAAAAGUCAUCAAAGCUCUUAUCCUUUAUCGAGAGAUGAUUUCAGAAGGAAUUAAACCUUACGUGAUUACGUAUAACACUUUGUUAACUGACCUUUUUCUUAAAGCUGAGGUAAAACAUGCGCGGAAAUUAGUUGAUGAGAUGCAAUUUAAUGGUGUUAUACCUAAUUCAUUGACAUAUACCAUUUUCAUUGAUGGACUUUGCAAGAAUGGUUGUGUUUUGGAAGCAGUGGAAAGAUUUCAUAAUUUAGUAAAUAAUAAGUUUGCGGGACCAGGACCAGGACUUACCAAGUGUGUCUCUGUUGUAGGUAUGCCUGAGCAUGUGGUCUUUCACCGAUUUUUUUACGAAGAGAGAAGUGCAUUAGAAAAGGUUUUUAACAAUAAUGUCUUGAAGAUUAUGGAUGGAAAGCGGGGGGCAGUAGAUGGGAUGCUACCUGAUGGAAUAGUUGACAUGACAAUAUUACAGUCAAUAGAAAUAUGGUCUAGGGUCACAUAUGUUGUUGCUGCAACGAUGAUCCAUGAAGAUUUGGCUAAUAUGGGAUUUCAAACUGCCAAUGGAAUCUAUGAAGCAACAUGGUUUGAAAAUGGACUUGGGUAA